AUGGCGCAGUGCGUGAGCCGGGUGCAGCUGUCCGUGAUCUGCCGCCGCCUCCUCGACCGCGACGUCGGUUCCAAGUCGGACCCGCUGUGCGUCCUGCUGCUGGACGUGGGAGGCCGCUGGGCUGAGUUAGAUCGCACGGAAAGGAUUAAGAACUGCCAAGACCCGGAAUUCUCCAAGAAGCUGCUCGUCGACUAUUACUUUGAGAAGGUGCAGAAGCUGAAGUUCGCUGUGUACGACAUCGACAACAAGUCUGCUGAGCUCAGCGACGACGACUUCCUUGGGGCUGUGGAGUGCACGCUGGGGCAGAUUGUGUCCAGCUCAGUGUUUACCCGACCUCUGGAGCUGAAGGAUGGGAAGCCAGCAGGAAAAGGCACCAUUACGAUUACAGCAGAGGAGAUUAAAGAUACCAGGGUUGUCAGUUUGGAAAUUCAAGCCCGAAACUUGGACAAAAAGGAUUUCUUAGGUAAAUCGGAUCCAUUUCUGGAGCUGUACAAGCAGAGUGAUGCUGGAACGUGGCAGCUGGUGUACAGAUCAGAGGUCGUCAAGAACAACUUAAGUCCAUGCUGGAGGAGGUUCAGCGUUCCCUUGCAGGCGUUCUGUGGUGGUGAUCUUAAUAAACCUAUCAAGGUGCAGUGCUCUGAUCAUGACAGCGAUGGGUCGCAUGACCUGAUAGGUGUUUUUGAAACUAACCUGGCUCAGCUGCAGAGGGCAGUGGACGGCUGUCCGGUGGAAUUUGAAUGCAUUCAUCCUGAGAAGAAGCAAAAGAAGAAGAGCUACAAAAACUCAGGCAUCGUUAGCAUAAAAUCCUGCAAGAUUGAAACAGACUAUUCGUUCCUGGACUAUGUUAUGGGAGGCUGCCAGAUUAAUUUUACAGUGGGCAUAGACUUCACUGGCUCCAAUGGUGAUCCCAGCUCACCAGAUUCUCUUCACUACAUCAGCCCAGAUGGGAUAAAUGAGUAUUUGAUUGCCAUCUGGAGUGUGGGAAGUGUAGUCCAGGAUUAUGACACGGACAAGCUGUUUCCUGCAUUUGGUUUCGGAGCUCAGGUUCCUCCUAGCUGGCAGGUGUCUCAUGAGUUUGCUUUGAACUUCAAUCCCAACAACCCUUACUGUCAAGGGAUCCAAGGAAUAGUCGAUGCCUAUCGCCACGUCCUGCCUCAGAUCCGACUCUAUGGGCCAACCAACUUCUCUCCUAUUAUAAACCACGUGGCAGGGUUUGCUGCACACUCAGCACAACAGAGGACUGCUGCUCAAUACUUUGUCUUGCUGAUCAUCACAGACGGAGAGAUCACUGACCUGGACCAAACCAGGCAAGCAAUCGUUAAUGCCUCUAAGCUGCCGAUGUCCAUCAUUAUUGUUGGAGUUGGUGAAGCUGAUUUCAAGGCAAUGGAGUUUCUUGAUGGGGACAACGGCGUCCUGAAGUCCCUAACAGGAGAGCCAGCUGCACGGGACAUCGUUCAGUUUGUGCCUUUCCGACAGUUCAGAAAUGCUCCCCGGGAAGCUCUUUCCCAGGUGGUUCUGGCUGAAGUGCCAAAGCAGCUGGUGUCAUACUAUAAACUGCAGGGCUGGCCACCUGUGAAACUGCCAGAAAUAAAGAAGAUAUAGAUUGCAGCCUCGCUCCGGCCAUGUGCAUCACUGGGGUGAGGAGAGCUGUCUGCUCUCACAUUCUUCCCUGGGGCCUCAGGACUGUACCGGUCGCACUAACUCUUACCACUUGUACUCUGUAUCUUUGGUAUUUCCUGUUCCUAACUGGAAGAAAUGUAAAUAUGAAAAAAGAAAACCCAAACCAUUGGCAGUUCUUGUCAAAAAAAAACAACUUUGUUGGUUUUCCACCUUGCAAUGGUGACACAUCGUAGCACUGCUCAUCACUUGGCAUGACCCACCUGCUGCUUGGGCUCAGAGUGGGCACCUGCAUGGGAAUGCUCACACAGCACUGCUUCCAGUGUUAGGGCAAACAUGGUUAUUGUAAAGCUACUUGCCAUGUAUUUGUUCCUUGGUAGCUCUGUUCUUCUGUCUGCAUCUGCCUUGCAAGUGGGGACAAGUGCUGGUUGGUACCUUAUGGUAACUGUUGAGUCAGGGCCUGAACCACUGAGCACCUGAGGAAGGGAUCUGAUCAGCCCUGGGAGCACAGAUGAAGGCAAUUCAGCUGUGGGACCAGCAGGGGUGGAGCCUGGCUGCACCUCUUAGACCUCAUUUGAGGGCUGACUGCCCCUGGGUUCCCCAGCAGGGAGAUCCCUCCCUCAUGCAGUUUUCCCCUGUGAGCCUAGAUGUUCAGAGACAGGCGAGCACUUUCCUUUGUGCUUUGUAACACCUUUCCAUCCUGCUGGUCCUUUUGUCACUGCAUCUCCUGUAUUGCCAUUUCACUGUGUUCAUCCUUCUGAUUGCUACAGUGCCAAAGUCUCUUGGUUGGAUGCCUGAGUCAAUUCCUGCUGUGCCUUCAUAAAGUCUCAUGUAUUUUUAUAUGUAGACGUUUAUUUUUAAGUUUCUGCUACCAUACUUAAUAGUUGUUGUAUUUUUAUUACCACAUUUUUCUAUUAGCAGAAUGCAAUACUGUGAUGGCCUUUUGCUCGGAGCCAUUGUUGCAAUUUAAGAGUGCUGCACUUUGCUUAUUUGUGGGCGGGGGGUUAAUGAGGUAUGUGACUUCCAGAAGCCAGUAAUUGGAAACGUUGGAAUUCAGAUGCUUUGACUGAUUUCCCUGGAGUCCCAGUGGUAUACAGUGAAGAAGUAACUGUCUGUGGAGCUGUGAGGAGGCAGUUCCUUGUCCUCAGAAGUGUGAAGCGUGUAUUACUGCAUGGGUUGGGGUUGUAAGUAGACAGCUGAUAGCAAAGCGUGAUGUCUUUGAGACCACAGGUAUUUCAUUUCAAAAUAAAGGAACUUGCACUACAAGUUGUCAUAGCUUUGAGUUGCAUAAAUAAAUCAUCUGCUUUGAUUUACA